UGUGUAUGUCAGUAGCGGUUUGGCAAGCACUGAGUAAGGACGUUUAAGCAGGAUUGAGACUUUCCAGGUAACUCUUCCAGGUAAAUUCAGAGAUUCCUUCGCUGCUGCGGGUGAUGCAACGAGCGGUGAGGGUGGCGCUGCUGGUGGUGGCGACGGCUGUGGUGACUCUGGAUCACCACUGUACCGCAGCCACUGAUUCCAAGAUGCUGUCGCCGUGGGGGUGGCGGUGUGAGGACGGGCGGUGCGUGAAGCACGCGGCGGCGGGCGGCGCUGACCUGGUUCCUCUCAAUCAGUGCAAGCUGACGUGCGGGCGCGCAGGCGUGCUGUGGCCGCUGCCCGCCUCGGCCACCGUGGGGCGCCGCGUGUCGCUGUUCCUGCCACACAACCCGUCCCUCAGGCCCACGUGCCCCGCGGAGGUGUGCCCGCUGCUGCAGGAGGCCUUCGCGCUGUUCCGCGACGCCCUGCAGCGCUACCACCCGGACUACGCCGGCGGGGAGGCGCCAUGGGCCGGCCCCUGGGACGCCGCCACCGAGGCACACUCCUUGGUGGUGGCGGUGACGGUGGAGGGCCCACAGGCGCACCUCACGCUGGACACGGACGAGUCGUACAGUUUGACUGUGAACACGUCCGCCGACGGCGCCGCCACCACGGCCACCAUCACGGCGCCCACCUUCUUCGGGGCGCGCCACGCCCUGGAGACACUAGCGCAGCUGGUGGACUACGACGAGACGCGCGACGCGCUCAUGGUUGUGCAGACGGCGUCGGUGACGGACGCGCCGGCGUUCGCGUACCGCGGGCUGCUGGUGGACACCUCGCGUAACUUCGUGACGGUGGCGGCGCUGCGGCGCACGGUGGACGCCAUGGCCGCCAGCAAGCUGAACACUCUGCACUGGCACAUCACGGACUCCCACGCCUUCCCGCUGGCCCUGCACGCCCUCCCCAACAUGGCCUACUACGGCGCCUACUCCGCCAGGCAGGUGUACAUGCCGGCGCAGGUGCGCGACCUGGUGCAAUAUGCUCGCGUGCGCGGCGUGCGUUUGGUGCCCGAGCUGGACGCACCUGCGCACGCUGGAAACGGCUGGCAGUGGACCGAGAAGGAGGGACUGGGCCGACUUGCCGUGUGCGUCAACCAGGCACCGUUCCUGCAGUACUGCCUGCAGCCUCCCUGCGGUCAGCUGAAUAUCGCCAACCCAGUCUUGUACCACGUGCUGGGUCAGAUAUACGAGGAGCUGCUGGACAUGUUCGCUCCCGUGGAGAUAUUCCACUUCGGCGGCGACGAGGUGAACCUGAACUGCUGGAACUCGACGCAGGAAAUCAGGUCUUGGAUGAUCGCGAACGACCACGGCGUGGACGAGGAGGCGUACUACAGGCAGUGGGCUGUGUUCCAGGAGAAGGCGCAGCAGCUGCUGCAGAAAGCUGCCAAGGGGCGGAAGGUGGAGGGAGUUCUGUGGACCUCUGAGCUGACCAAGCCCGGCAGACUGAACCUGUCCCACAACUCCUCGCAGUACAUCAUCCAGAUCUGGAGCACGCAGGACGACCCGGUCAUCAGGGAGAUGCUCGCCAUGGGGCACAGGGUCAUCUUCAGCAACCAAGACUCGUGGUACCUGGACUGUGGCGUGGGGAACUUCUGGUGCGGGGCGUACAGGGAGUGGCAGAGAGUCUAUGACAACAGCCCGCACAGCAUUGCACAGCAAGCCACGGGCGCCACGCACUCCGACCUCAUCCUGGGAGGAGAGGUGGCCAUGUGGAUGGAGUUUGCGGAUGACAACAACAUGGACGCCAAGGUAUGGCCGCGCGCCGCAGCGCUGGCGGAGCGUCUGUGGACCAACCCGUCCACCUCGUGGCGGGAGGCAGAGACCCGCUUCAUCCACCACCGGCAGCGCCUCGUGCAGCGCGGCGUGCAGGCAGAGCGAAUACAGCCCCAGUGGUGCCACCAGAACGAGGGCCUGUGUUACCUCUAGUGCCAGGCUGUUGUGCUGCUGCUAAAUGCUCCAUAUGGUGCCAGCAAUGCCGCCAAAGCAUGGCACUCCUCUCUCAGUAUAGUGCCAGAGUGCUGAACAAGAGAGGCGCUUGGUGUGAGUGCCUCGGAGUGCUAUCAGAACGAGGCCCGCUGCUACCGUUAGUGCCAGAGUUGUGCUUGUGAGGUCAGUUUGAGUGGCGGGAAGUCUUCACAUUGUAUCCUGACACUGUCUUGCCUGCUGGGAAUAAAAGGAAUGAGCCUCACCUUCACUGUCUCAGU